GCCGGGCCGGGCAGGGUGGUGGUGGAGGAGGUGGUGUCGCGGGUGCCAACGCGGAGGCAGUGCGGGUGAGGCACUGGGAAUGGCUCCGGCAGCGACGGGCGGGAUCCUGCCGACUGCUUCCUCGCUGGGCCCGACGGCUGCCUGGCCGGGAAACCACUCCGCUCCCGAUAAUGGAGAGUUUCUCCAGGCUUUGUCAAGACAACUUGUCUUACAGACAACUACUUUGUCAACUAAAACUGAUGGCAAUGAAGGCAAGCCUGAACACCUAGAGUACAUUGCCUUUGCCUUGGUUCCUGUUUUCUUCAUCAUGGGUCUCUUGGGGAUCCUCAUCUGUCAUGUUCUUAAGAAAAAAGGAUAUCGGUGUACAACAGAGGCUGAGCAAGUAGAAGAAGAAAAACUUGAUGAAAAAAUAGAAAUGAAUGACACUAUACAUGAGAAUAGCGACACUGUGGGACAAAUUGUUAACUACAUUAUGAAAAAUGAAGCAAAUGCUGAUGUGUUAAAGGCCAUGGUAGCAGAUAGCAGUGUCUUUGAACCUGAAAGCCCUUUAUCUCCUGGCUCUCCUGAGAGUCCAACGAGUCCAGGGUCUCCUUUGUCACCUGGUGCUGCUCCACUUAAACACACCUGCAAAGGCCAUCACUUCCAUACUGUUGGAGGAGUGAUAGAAAAGGAUGUUUGUAGUCGGUGUAGCCACAAACGGUGGCACUUUAUAAAGCCAGCUCACAAAUCUAAAGAGCACAGAAGAAGUCGCCUGGGAGAAGUUACAGUCCUUUCUGUAGGAAGAUUUAGAGUCACAAAAGUGGAGCACAAAUCAAAUUCCAAAGAACGGAAAAGCCUGAUGUCUCUUAGUGGUGUGGAGAGCAUAAAUGGUGAUAUGCUGAGCACGCCGGUGAAGCAGGAAGCGAGUGAAUCACCUGCCAUGCCUGUGAAACAGGAGGUGAAAGGGAGGAGAAGCUCACAGUAAACUGCAGGUGCAACUUUUAGAAGAGGCUUGUCUGCUAGCACUUUCAGAAAACGGAAAACUCCCAGCAGAUGCAUACUUUUUAAGGCUAUGUAUUUAUGGCAUGGUGGCCAUAAAUAGAUGUACAAGUUCUGUGGUGGUAUCCAUGUUUUGCACCAGUAAUCUUUAGACACUUGCAUAUUGUUGAGCUGUGUGGACCUCAUACAAAAUGUUGGGCUUCAUCUUGGAAAACAAAACAGAAAACUGUAUAGGUUUUGGACAGUAAAGGUGAAAGCCUCAUCAAAUCUUUUUUUUUUUUUAUACUUAGGCAUUUUUGAUGAGCUCAAUGUUAUGAGUUACAUGGAUUUUACCCUAUGGAUAAACAAUGUUCACCCCUCUGGUCUCUGGAUGUUUGACCUCUAUUCUUCUCCUCCAGAAAUGGCAACUGUUUGCUGAAGAUAAAAACGAGAAGCCUUCAGAAGAUGAAAAUGCUCUUUUAAUCUAACUGUUCGUAGCCAAGCAAAACACACAAGGAAAUAAUUGUCAGCCAAAAUCUGCAUGUGUGCCUUUAGUAUAUAACCCCUUGGACUCUGUGAAGGGCACUUCAAAGUACAGUGAUUCAGUUAUAUGCAGAUAUUAAAUUAAACUGUCGUAUUCCCCUCCUGCUUCCUCCUUACUAUGUAACAUUUGGUGAAAGAACAUAUUUUUCUGUGCAGUUGUGUGAGCUCUUGGAAAGGUCACUUUUUUCAAGGCCAAUUGCUGUCCCAUUUUCUUUUAACUGUGCACUCAUAUUUGAAGAAUGCCUAAUAGUUUUGCAUUUCUCUUUUGAUCUUACCCACAGGUUCCUUAUUAAGCUAAGACAACAUAUUUCAACCAUUGGAUAAGAAUAUGGAAUAUUUGGCAUUAAAAAUGUAUGGAGGAUAUACUCAAGUACUUCAAAGUGGCUUUAUUGGACUGAGGUUAGCAGUUUUGAUUGGCACCAAACUCUUAAGGCACUGUAACUCCCUUCAUAUUUUAAGUGUGACUUAAUCCUAGAAAUACCAGUGAUGGUUUUGUGAUGUUAAUUUUUAUGUCUACUUAUGAUCUCUGCUUUGUCCUGUUAUUUGUUUUGGGGGAGGGAAACCUUUGCAAUACUUCAGCAAAUAUUGCUGUAUAAUAGAAACUGAAAAAUAACAUUUGUUUUGAGUGCCUAAGAAUAUGAGCUCUAAUGUAAUGCAUUUUAGUAGAGUUUGCACUAUAAUUCUGAAACGAUAAAGUAACAGCCUGCUUUACAAGCUCAAUGAAAAUCAGCUUGGUUUGAAAUUUUUGUUUAAAUUGUUACUUCCAAUCCUUUUAGUCCGAGUGCUCUAAACUGUGUUUCUCCUUCACAUCUGAGAAUCAGGUUCUUGUUACUUUGUGCACUCUAAGCAAUCAGUGUGUAUAAAGAUACAAAUUAAUCUUCUUGCUUUCAUAUUAGAGACUCCCAUGUCUUGUCAGGGAACAUCAAAUUUAUUUCACUCCUGCUGAAAGUAUGUGCUGCUGCUCAUCUUACUUCUACGUGUAUCCUCAAGAUAAUGACUGGACCUAUCAGUACAUGUCAUCCAGACUGCAUUUGCAACAAAAAAUGAAGUGAAAAAGCACCCCCCACCCAAGUCCUGAGAUGAAUAAAUGCUGCAUUGUUCCUUCUAAAACAGAUAUUUUUAGAGAUAACUGUCCUUGAAAAUGCAAAAUAAGUGUUUGGUCAGGACUGGAAACUUGAAUAAUUUGUUUCCUUAUGCCUAUAAAUAAGCCUGUUUUAGGAAAUUUCUUCCAUAUUGAAGGAUAUCGUAAGCACCAAGCUCACGUUUCAGGAAUACAUUUAAUAUUUUUUUUUUCUUUAAAUUUUUGUUUUGUUUUGUUGUUUUUCAAGCUUUACUUGAUUGUUUUUAUGAAGAGCUAGUGUUUCUAGAGGACCGUAAUUAGAGUAGCUAGCUUUCAGUUUCCAAGGGACUGAGAACUAUGGGUAUAAAAUGUUCCUGAAAAGGGAGUACUUGACAAAACCCAACAGUUUCAGAUAGUUUUUAGAAAGGAGAUAUACAGUUAUACAUGUUCCAAAAGCUUAAAAAA